AUGGAGAUGCCAGUUAUCCAGAUACCUGCUGAAAGAGGAACACAGCAGAACAGAGACUAUCCAGUUCUUGAAAUAAACUGGAGACAGGAAGCUGCGGGAAUUGUCUUCUACAGUUUAUGGCAGCAACAGGGAAUUGAUGAUGUGAAAGUAGAGGGAGGGGGUGGAGGGGUGGUGCGGCGUGGUGAAACGCUGCCGCAGGUUGCUCGGUUGCGGGCUUCGCGGCAGCUGGACAGCGAAACCUGCCCGGGCUGGAAGCUGUCCCUUCAGAGCGGAGAUUCAUGCACAUAUCAUCCAGGUGUGCCAGUCUUUCAUGAUGCUCUCAAAGGUUGGUCAUGUUGUAAGAGAAGAACAACAGACUUUUCUGACUUCUUAAGCAUUGUGGGCUGUACAAAGGGUCUCCAUAACAGUGAGAAACCUCCUGAACCUGUUAAACCAGAAGUCAAAACUACCUCUGAACGAAAGGAGCUAGCUGAACUGAAACCCAAAUUUCAAGAACACAUAAUUCAGGCACCAAAACCAUUGGAAACAAUUAAAAGGCCAAGCCCAGAUGAGCCAAUGACAAAUUUGCAGCUGAAAGUGUCAGCUUCCUUGAAGCAAGCACUAGAUAAACUGAAACUGUCAUCAGAAAACGAAGAGAAAAAAGAGGAAGACAGUGAUGAAAUCAAGAUUGGGACGGCAUGUAAAAAUGCAGGUUGUUCAAAAACGUACGAAGGACCACACAGCACAGAAGAAGUAUGUAUAUACCAUUCUGGUGUACCUAUAUUUCAUGAAGGGAUGAAGUAUUGGAGCUGUUGUAAAAGAAAAACAUCUGACUUCAAUACGUUUUUAGCUCAAGAAGGCUGCACAACGGGAACACAUGUAUGGACUAAAAAGGAUGCAGGGAAGAAGGUAGUUCCAUGCAGGCAUGAUUGGCACCAGACUGGAGGAGAAGUGACUAUUUCUGUAUAUGCUAAAAACUCUGUUCCUGAUUUGAGCUAUGUAGAAGCAAAUAGCACAAUGUUAAAUAUCCAUAUUGUAUUUGAAGGAGAAAAGGAAUUUCAUCGCAGUGUGAAAUUAUGGGGAGUAAUCGAUGUAAAGAGGAGUUACGUGAACAUGACAGCUACAAAGAUUGAACUUACUAUGAGAAAAGCAGAGCCCCUAUUAUGGGCAAGUCUUGAAUUACCUGUAUCCAACACGCAACAAAAAAAAGAGAAUUCAGAUCAAUAAUGAUUCCAAGAGACGAGUUAUUUCCCAUUACGAAGUGGUGACUUGCUACUGUAAUCAAAUAUUUAACUUUUAUAUAGAUUCAUGUUUUUUAUGCUAGAUCAUAUGUUCCAUUCUACAAAGAAAUUUGAUGCACAGUAAAUGGGGGUGUAAACUUGAAGGGUAACAGCUAUUUCUGCUCUUGCUCCCAUGAAUAUAUUUAUUGUAGUUGGAGUGUCUCCAUAGGGAUUUAGAGUAGAAGAGCUAUUGCCCUUUGCUUACAACCUUACCUACCAUGCACUGACUAGCCAAACAGAGGUGUUCUCAGUCCACUGUGUGUGUUAAUUUUUCAAGUGUUCGGUUUAGACUGGAUCUACUGGGUAGCACGUGUUAAAUUCGGCACUGUUCGUUAUGGCGCAUACAGUAACACAGAUACAAAAAUCUGAGUUCAUGAAGUGAUUAACAUGCAAUUCUACAUCUAGAAUAAAAAGGUACAUAAACAUAAAUAUGGAAGAACACUUGUAGACUUGCAUUUUUGUCUUUGAAACUAAGGUUUGUUUCAAUACCUGUUGGCUGUGGAGGGAUGGAAUAAAAGGUAUUUUGCUAAGGAUUUCAGUACUUGCUGAUUCUUUUGCUGUCUUUCAUGUGUAAAAGCCGGAGAUCGGAUUAAAAUAAAAACAAAGUUGGCAAGAGGGGAUUUUUUUUUUUUUUUACUCCUGUACCUUUGGUAUUUGAAUUGUUAAAUAUAAAAGUGAAUGGACGGUGAAAUGGCUGAAUAACUUAACAUCUCAGCUGUGGAGAAUAUGCAAACAGCAGACUAUUGUAAAAUUACCAAGGUGCUGUAUAUAUUUGAUAGUCAUUAGAAUGUGUUUUCUGUCCUGUUCUACAACGCUCAAAAUUAUGAAUCUUUUUUCAAAGUAGUUGGAUAUGUGUAGUAGGAGAAGCCAGUACACACUGUAGGUGUCUGAGGAAAAUUAUUUCCAUGUAGAUAUGCAUAGUUCUUGUUUCUGAGGAUGAUAGUCUAAGAACUAAAUUUAUCUACAGGAGAAAUCUUAGGAGAAACAAACCACAAGCUUUAAAAUCUGUCUCAAAUCAUAGUUGUACCUUUGAAUUAAAAUAUUUUUAAAAUAUUAUUUCUUUUGAACAGCAUAAGUAAAACACUGUGAUUAGAAAUCAAGACCUUAUUUUUGGUUUCAGUUCUCCAUCAGUAAAGAUUUGUGGCUGAAAACAGGAUAGUUUUAAAGAUGAUACUUUUGUCCAAGCAGCAAUACAUGCAGUAACGUUGUUUUCUUUUUCUGCUUGAAAUAGUUUCUUAAUUUGGGGUUGCAGCUGAAAGAAAAACAAUGUUUUCGUAUGUAAGUCAUGCAAAACGUACACCGUUAUUUAUUGUGCCAAAACUUUAUAUAUGUAAACAGGCAGUCCUGUGGACUGUUGAAAUGUGUGGAUGCUCGUCUACCUACCUUGGCAGAUCUGGAAUAACGCCAAGAGAAACGCCCAACAUAGUAAAGCCUUUCUGAAGUUACAUAGGGACUUCUAAGAAUCUUACUGUUUUCCAACAGGUAUAAUUGGACUUGAGCUCGGAGUUCUGUCUCUAGCAGUACUUGAAAUCCUACUUCAUGCUUUAAGUGGUAGGAAAUACAUUACCAAAGAAACCGUCCCCAAACACCAAGAAAGUAACACAAGUGCUGUAUAUAUGAAAUUUGUUUUGGUGCUUCUUUACCUUCAUUUCAAGAUCCUGUUUCCUCAUUGACUUGGAGGGAGUGUGGUCGCUUACUCCCUUGGGCCCCUAUUGAAAGUUCCAGCUCUUAAGGUCUGCCUAAAAGAUUCUAUUAACCUCUAAUAAUGCCACCUUUGUUUUUUUCUUUUUAAAUAAAUUUGACUAUGUCAGAUGCUGUGAAGUGAUAGGGUACAAGCUUACAAAAAUGUGUGCCUGCAAAUGGUCCUCUAAAAAUGGAACAGGUGUUCCCUGAUGUGUUCUGAACCAACAAGUGGAGCUCUUACUAGUGUAAUACUGAGAACAAUCACUUCAGUGGAUGAGGAAUUCUAGAUAGCUGUAGCUACUAGCGUGCCAUCUGUGGUUUUUGUAUGCAGAACUCUGAACUUGGACAGCAAAAUGAGCAGUGUUUGAAUGCCAGGAUAAAGUUCUUAUUUAACAAGCAAGUUCAAACGUGUGUCUAUCCAUAUGGAUAUAUAAAUACCCUACAUACCUUACGUGCUCCACCUUUUUUAACAUACUUUCAAUUUAUUUGCAUCCUCGUGUGCAGUAGGUUUACAUCAUGUAAAAUCCAUUUUAAAGAAUUACAAGGGAAAUGGAAUUUCCUGGGAAAACAGAAUUUCUGUUUUUAAGCAAGUCAUAUUCUCCCUUAGUAUUCUAUAUACUAAAUGGAGAGAAAUGUGGAUGAAUGGACCUUCUGCUGUUAAUGCUGCAGGCUUUGGGACCCCAUAACUAUUUGUUACGCUCUUUCAAGCUACACUCUGCUGGUAGCUGAGUCAAUGUGUCCAUAAGUAGAAGAAAGCUCCUGUAAACAUGGUCCUCAGUUUUGCAUUUGCUUUUUAUUCAUUCCUCCUGCUCUCUUCCUGUUGUUCAUACUUGCAGCACAAAAUUAAAGAUACUUCAGGAGUUCCAUAAUGACUUUCCCCAUCAGUGGCAAUAAAACCACUUUUAAAAUUCACCCAUUUAAAAAAAGUAGGCAAAU